GUUGCCGGUUGUUGGAGGUCAGCCGUGGGAGGUGUGCGCUAGAAAUGUGCAACGCAGAAUGUUAUGAAAUGGAAAUUACCAUGAUGGACAAUCUUUGCAUUUUACACCCGCUUAUGUAUAAAUCUUGUAUUUGUGUUGAGAAGUAACCGGAAACCGCUGAAUACAAGGAGUUUCCCUCACAAGAGCGAAGAGGAUAAUCUCUGUCCGUUUUGUCCUGACGAUAGCUGCACUCUACGCGAGGACAGCCCUGCGCGCCGCUUGUUGGACAAGGUUUUGGUUGGAACCGCGCAGGCCUGUCAAUCGGCAAACUGCCCCGCAUUGUUGGGGCAGGAAUUAGAUGAUUUCACAUUUCAUCAAAUGCUCUUAUUUUACCUGGGGUUGAAAACGCAGCAAUGAGGAAAGACGUACGGAUAUUGCUGGUCGGGGAACCCAAAGUGGGGAAGACAUCACUGAUCAUGUCUUUGGUCAGUGAGGAGUUCCCUGAUGAGGUUCCACGCCGUGCUGAGGAGAUCACCAUUCCAGCUGAUGUCACACCAGAGAGAGUGCCCACACACAUAGUAGACUAUUCAGAAGCUGAGCAGUCAGAAGAAGAGUUGUACCAAGAAAUAACCAAGGCCAAUGUAAUAUGCAUCGUCUACUCGGUCAACAACAAGAAGUCCAUUGAGAAGGUGACAAGCCAUUGGAUUCCCCUCAUCAAUGACAGGACAGAUAAGGACAGCAGGGUGCCUCUGAUCCUGGUGGGCAACAAGUCGGACCUGGUGGAGCACAGCAGCAUGGAGACCAUCCUGCCCAUCAUGAACCAGUACUCCGACAUCGAGACCUGCGUGGAGUGUUCAGCAAAGAACCUAAAGAACAUCUCCGAGUUGUUCUACUAUGCCCAGAAGGCAGUUCUCCACCCCACUGGACCCCUGUACUGUCCUGAGGACAAAGAGAUGAAGCCGUCAUGCAUCAAGGCCCUCACACGCAUUUUCAAAGUGUCCGACCUGGACAAUGACGGGAUCCUCAAUGACAACGAGCUGAAUUUCUUCCAGAGGACGUGUUUCAACAUCCCUCUGGCCGCCCAAGCUCUGGAGGACGUGAAGAACGUCGUGAGGAAGAACAUCACAGAAGGAGUCAAGGACAAUGGCCUCACACUCAAAGGUUUCCUCUUCCUGCACACGCUGUUCAUCCAGAGGGGCCGGCAUGAGACCACCUGGACUGUCCUGCGCAGGUUUGGCUACGAUGACGACCUGGAGCUCACACAGGAGUACCUGUUCCCCCUGUUGAAAAUUCCUCCAGACUGUACCACAGAGCUGAACCACAAUGCCUACCUGUUUCUGCAGGGUGUCUUUGAUAAGCAUGACAAAGACCGGGACUGCGCCCUGUCACCUGACGAGCUGAAAGACCUGUUCAAAGUCUUCCCAUACAUGCCCUGGGGCCCAGACGUCAACAACACGGUCUGCACCAACGAGCAGGGCUGGAUCACCUACCAGGGAUACCUGUCACAGUGGACGCUAACGACGUACCUGGAUGUGCAGAGGUGCUUGGAGUACAUGGGCUACCUUGGCUACUCCAUCAUCAGCGAGCAGGAGUCUCAGGCUGCAGCCAUUACCGUAACGCGGAACAAGCGUAUCGACCUGCAGAAGAAACAGACCCAGCGCAGUGUGUUCCGCUGUAACGUACUGGGAGCGCACGGCAGCGGCAAAAGUGGCUUUUUACAGGCGUUCCUGGAAAGGAACCUCGCGCGGCAGCUGAAGAUAAGGGAGGACCACAAGUCCUACUACGCCAUUAACACCACCUACGUCUACGGUCAGGAGAAGUACCUGUUGCUCCAUGAGGUGGCUCCAGACAUGGACUUCCUGUCCGAUGCGGAUCUGGCCUGUGAUGUCGUCUGCCUCAUCUAUGAUGUCAGCAACCCGCGCUCCUUUGAGUACUGUGCAAAGAGCUACAAACGCUACUUCAUGGACAGCAAGACGCCGUGCAUGAUCAUCGCGGCCAAGUCCGACCUGCACGAGGUGCGGCAGCAGUGCACGCUCUCCCCGCUAGACUUCUGCCGCAAGCACCGGCUGCACCCGCCACAGCCCUUCACCUGCAACAGCACCGAGGCGCCCGCUAAAGACAUCUACACCAAACUCACCACCAUGGCCAUGUACCCGCACAUGACCCAGGCUGACCUGAAGAACUCUACCUUCUGGCUGCGGGCUAGUCUGGGUGCCACCGUGUUUGCCGUGUUGGGCUUCGCCAUGUACAAGGCCAUCCUCAAGCAGCGAUGAUCAGUGUUAACGCACACGCACGCCCGUGUGAAACAUGACCACAGCAACCUCCCUCCCUCCUUCGCUCUCUAUCCCUCUCUUCCUCUGCUUUUUAACCCCUUUGCAACCUCCCCACCCUACCCCAACCCACCAGACCAGACCUCCUCCCUUUAGUUUUCCCCUAGGCCUGUCAAACCCUUAACUAGAAACAUUGCAAGUCCUAGACCAUAGCGCCAUUGUUUUCUAUAUAUUCAUAUAUAUAUAUUUGAAAUGAAGAAAAACAAACAAACAUGAAAAGUCGCAACUAUUUUUCUUCUGAGCUUUGUUGGAACCCAUGCGCCUAAGAGACAACAACAAAAAACCCACAAACAACAACAUCGUCAUCUGCGACAAAGGGCAUUUUUCCGAGUGCUGCAGAUAGCUACCCUGCAGUUGCCUUCCUGGUUCGGCCUCCUUAGUUUCCACUGUUUUUAUCUCCCUAACGGCUGAUUUGAACUGUUCUCAGGUCAGUCAGUACCUGGCCUUUCUUUCCCUGUCUCUUGACGCCAGGAAUCAUGGGAACUGCGGGUAGCUAUGGUAACUAGCACAGGGUCCUCAGCUCAGAUCGGACACUGACCUCCAUGUUUAUAAACUGUAUAUAAUGCUCAAAAAGAAAAAACCUAAGAUCACACUCAUUUCUCUCUGAGGUGGAAUGACAAACGGACAUGGUCGGAGGAACUUGUUGUCACACUACCCAGGAGACAGACUACCAACAAAAUACCAAGCCAUUUCUAACCUUGUAGAGGUUGUGUGUUCACAAGACACAUUACUUAUGUAUUAAUUUAUUAACAUUAAACGCUAUUGUUUUUUUUCUUUGCCUUUUGUCCGUUUUAAUUGUUUUUGUUUUGCAUUGCAUGAAAGCAGGCACAUUUUUUCAUUAGUGAUUUGGUUGUUUUUUUUAAUUAUUCAUAUUAUGUUACUUUAAUGACACUUGAUCACUGCUGCAGAAACACCAUAAAAGAACAAAAAAGGACUUGUGGCCUCCCUGAACGCAGAAUGAACUGGUUGACUUUUCUUCGUCCAGUUAACAGAUGGACUGUAUGUUGGACAUGAACAUGCCUUCUAGACGGUGAUGUGAUACUACGCUGCCUAAUGUCAGGAACCUGACUAACAGUUUGGGCCCCUUCAUGUUGUGCCCUCUCUUCCACCCAUGCCUCUACCCGCUGGCUGAGCACCUGGCGCCCCCCUCUGAUUCUGGGUGGUCAUGACCGUGUGACUUUUUGCCUUCAAUGUCACUUAGCUGAGUGUCUUUCUCACUCUUGUCAGUGGGCUGAAUAAACUACUCUGCCACAUAGCUGUUACCUACUCUUUGGACUCUUCAUAACACUGUAUCACCUUGAGGUAUUAUCCUUAUUAUUAUUUUUGUUUAUGUCAUCUGUUACAGCCUGACACCCACCACCCUCUUCUGUCAUAACCAGUGGUGGGACACGUUUUAUUCCUUUCCAGCAUUUACAAUAAAUGAUUGUGUGAUCUA